UAGCCUAUCUAUUACCCUGACACUGAGGUCCCGAGGCAUUGCAACUCCCUAAUCGGGUACCUAUCUACCCCACACGUUUAGUGUCUGCGAGCUCUGCGACGAUUGCCUGAGACUUCCCCUUUAGGGUAGUUACCUACCAGGGAAGCACAUGGCUAGGGCGAUACGCACGUCAGUUAGUCGCAUUUCAAGGAGAUCGCUUUUAGUCUUGAAGAUAAUAGGCACUUGCCGAUUUGUCUAUCCGAUUACCUAAAAUUGGAGUUCAUUGUUAUGGUCUACUUUCAUCGGACUUGGCCGUCGGAACUGCUACAAGAUACGAGAUAUGAGAAUAUUUAAUUGAUAUAUAAAUACUUAAGUAUGGAUAGUUUCCAUUUACUAGUUAACCGAUAUAGGCGUAUGACUUUGACUCGAGACAGCUUCCGUUGGUAAAAAGAGUGAAUUCGGUACAUCAUAAUACCGAGGCCCAGACAUAACCAAGAUGACUUCGGAGCCCAUAGAACAAAAGGACUUCGCCGCCUCAUCGAGUGUUCAUGAUACUGAAGCGUUGAAAUUGGAUAUUAAGGAUGAAGCAGGAGGCUUAGCCGUCAAGGCUUUAACAAGCGUCGCGGCAGACGAGGAAACAUCGCGUAAAGUCCGAAGGAAGAUUGAUUACAGAAUUUUACCGUUUCUCUGCAUUACUUAUGCUCUACAAUUUAUCGACAAAACGUCUUUGGGUUAUUCAUCAGUUUACGGCAUCAUUCCGGACAAUAAACUCCAGGGCCAAGAUUAUUCAUGGGCCAGUUCUAUUUUCUACUUUGGUUAUCUCGUCGCUGAAUAUCCCGGCAUUGCGAUCAUUCAGAGGUUUCCAGUAGCCAAAUUUCUUGGUGUCAAUAUAAUUCUAUGGGGCGCGAUUCUUAUGACAACAGCAGCAUGCUCAUCUUUCGCCGGACUUGCUACCGUACGGUUCAUGUUAGGUGUUGUUGAAGCGACUAUCUCGCCUGGAUUCGUUGCCGUCACAGGCAUAUGGUGGACUAGACAAGAACAAGCUGGUCGCUCAGCUCUUUGGAUCUCUUUCCUUGGCGUUGGCAGUUUCGUCGGAACCUUGCUGGCUUAUGGGAUUGGCCAUAUUCAAGGCGCUUUGUCUAAUUGGAAGUACAUCUACCUUAUUUUGGGAGCUCUUACUAUCAUAUGGGGAGUCGCAUUUACACUUUUCGUGCCAGACAGCCCAACAAGCGUCAAGUGGUUAGAUGAGGACGAAAAAGUCGUCGCUAUUCAACGAGUAAUCGAAAACAAAACCGGCACCAAGUCUCGCCGUUUUGUGAAUGCACAGGUUAUAGAAGCGGCUACCGACCCCAAAGUCAUCGUUAUAGGCCUUAUCUCUUUUGUCAACGCUAUCGCAUCCGGUGGCCUCUCGUUUGGCUCUUUGAUUAUUCAAGGUUUUGGAUUUACUCCAUUGCAGACUACUCUGUUAAACUUGCCUCUAUCCGCCGUUCAAGCAGUGGCACAACUUGGUUCAGGUCUUUUGGCUGCUCGAUUACGUAAUUCUCGUCUGCAUAUCGGAUCUCUUGCCAUGAUACCUCCAAUUGUAGGCACGGUAUUGAUCAACCAGCUUCAGCCUACAAGUAGGUGGGGCCGACUUGUAGGGGUCUGGUUGCUGGGCACGUAUCCCGUUGGAUUCAUGAUAAUCCUCGGCCUACUUUCAACCAAUAUUGCAGGUAGCACUAAGAGGUCAGUGGCUUCGGGCUGGGUCUUUGUCUGUUACUGCGUCGGCCAGAUUGCAGGACCCCAAUUUUUCAAAAGCACAGAAGCGCCCGCUUAUCAUAGUGGCAUCGUGGCUAUGCUCUGCGGUUUUAUUUUAAACCUGGUCUUGAACCAAGUCUUACGCAUACUUCACGUCCUUGAAAACAAGAGAAGAGACAAGGGUUUAGAGGGCAAAUCGGAGGAAGAAAUUGCCGAGAUGAAAAGGCAGAGCAAUCUCCAAGGUUUCGAGGAUGUAACUGAUAAAAAUAAUGUUAUGUUUCGAUACGCAUUGUAAUCACCGGUUAGAUUCGCUUGGAUCAAGAAUACAACUAUUAGUUUUCAAAAACUAGA